AUGGCCAAUCUCGCUGUAUCAUCGUCGACGGCCACUCCCGCCAACACGGCGGAUACCGAAUCUCAGGGUAAACGGAAAGCCUCGACUGCUGGGCUUUCCGCGAAUUCACGACCAGUCAAACGUCGGGCGUCAAAAGCCUGCUGUUGCUGCCGAGCUCGGAAAGUCCGAUGCGACGUGGUGGAGAAUGGCUCCCCGUGUACGAAUUGCCGCCUGGACCAGGUCGAAUGUGUUGUUACGGAGAGCAAGAGGAGAAAGAAGUCACGUGUCGAGGUUGAAAAUGCCAACCGUCAGCCUUCUCAAUCUCCUGUUGAUGUCUCUGAGGACAGCGCAAGCUUUCUGAGGAGGCUCAGCGAGUGCCAUGAAUUACCUCCAGAUUUGGCUCCUGGAUCGCCGUCCCAGAACUCCAUUGACCUGGAUCAGGGACAGCAUAUGCCGCAUCUUCUAUAUCAAAACCAGGCUAGCAGAAUCGGCGGAGGGGACCAGUUUCGCAGGCGAAUGGCCCCCAACCCUCCGCCGACUCUUCCUCUUCACCACGUGACAUCCCAAAUCCAGCAGUUGCUGGACCCUUCUUUCUCCAACUCUCGGUCCGCUGGUGUGCUUCUGCCGGACUAUAUUAGAGGGUUGCCCUCUCGGCUCCAGAAGGAAGAUAUCGAGUAUCUUGCCAUGAAAGGGGCUCUGACAGUACCCGAUGUGGGGCUGAGAAACGAGCUCCUCAAGGUGUACAUUCAUUAUGUGCACACGUACAUGCCUCUGUUGGACUUGGAGGAGUUCCUGCAGACGAUCGUACAGAAUGACGGAAUUCAUCGCAUGAGCUUACUCCUUUUUCAAGCCGUUAUGUUUGCCAGCACAGCGUUUAUCGAUCUCAAACACCUUCAAGCUGCCGGAUACCCGACAAGGAAAGCUGCCCGGAAGGUGUUCUUUCAACGUGCCCGACUCCUGUACGACUUUGACUACGAGGUCGACCGGAUCUCCCUGGUUCAAUCUCUCCUACUGAUGACUUAUUGGUACGAGACCCCGGAUGAUCAGAAAGACACAUGGCACUGGAUGGGUGUGAGUCUAUCGUUGGCGCACACCAUCGGGUUGCAUCGUGACCCAGGAAACUCUCGCAUGGGCGCUCGGCGCCAACGGAUGUGGAAGCGCAUCUGGUGGAGCACCUAUACACGCGAUCGUUUGAUUGCUUUGGGCAUGAGACGGCCCAUGCGCGUGAAAGAUGACGAUUGUGAUGUUCCCAUGUUGACGCUCGAUGACUUCGAAUUCCAUCCCUUCUCGCCGGAGAUUGUCAGCAUGAUUGGAGAUUCCGAGAUCUUGCAGAAUGUUGACUAUCAAAAGGAGCUGGCUCUUAUGUUUAUUGAGAAGGCGAAGCUUUGCCUGUGUGUCAGUCAUGUCCUCUCGGCUCAAUAUUCGGUGUUGAGUCAUAAAUUCGGCGGUACGAUGGAGACAACUAUGAUGCUGGUCCCGAAGAAGUCCUCGGCCGAAACGUUUGAAGUCCGAAGUUGCGAUCAAGAGUUGGAAGAUUGGCUGGCCAAUCUUCCCGCAGAGAUCCAAUACUCUCCGGCGGCACCCGCAAAAUUGACGGAAGCCCAAGAAGUCCUCCACUCUCACCGCGCCCUCCUGAAAAUGGUUUACUUGACCACUUCGAGCGCGUUGCAUCGUCCUCAAGUGCUCCCUGCUAGUCCCUUCCCAUCGAUGGAUGCCGAACUGCAGGAGAUGUCGAGGAACAAGGUUCGGUUCGCAGCAAUCGAGAUCACCAACAUUGCCCAAGACCUGCACAGCUUGGAUUUGACAAGAUAUUUCCCUACUACUGGCGUGACAGUAUUACUUCCUGCCGUCAUCAUCCAUCUCCUCGAUAUUAAAUCCAGCGAUCCAAGUGUCAGAAUGACCAGUCUCCAGCGUUUCUACCAGUGCAUGCGUAUCUUGCAGCGGUUGAGAGAGAUUUACGCAUCUGCUGAUUUUGCGACGUCUUUCUUGGAGGCCGCCAUUCGCAAGGCUGGAAUCCAACUCACAGUGGCGCCACAGGACGUGCAGGCUCGUUCGACCGCCUCUUUCGACGCGCCCACCCGUGUCAAUACAUUGACCCCGCCUCCCGACUCUCUCGCACAGAAGAUUCCGGAUCUCACGUAUCCAAAACCCGCUGCGAGUGUCCGAAUUGCACGCCCAAGCGUCGGGGGAAGCGAGACUCUGUUUGCCUCUACGCCACCACCUUCGGAUGGUAGCGAGAACGGCAGCACAAGCAACAUCAAUCCCAGCUAUCACCCGAAUGCCUUCAGCAUUCCCAACUUGGAUUCGGACCUGAGCAUUAGCGAGCUCAUGGACCUGGCGAAUGACGCGGAGGUCACCCAAAAUGACUUUGACGCGCUCAUCAACUUCGAUGACGCUGGUGCCGACUUCUUCAGUGCUGACGACCACAUGAACCUCAAUGGGGCUGGUUCCAACCACAGUAAGGGCUAUGGGUUCGGCAUGGACUCGAUGCCUGGCAUGUCCGAUGUGAUGGGCUUUGACCACGAAAGCAAGACCGAGAUGUCAACUCGGGGCGGCGGUCAUGGCAGUGCGGCGCUGAGGCACAACACUACCGAAACAGUAGUUGGCGCAAGCAGUCUGACAACCAGCCUUGAUGCCGAGUUGGGGCUGGGUCUGAGCGUCUGA